CCAUUUUUUCUUCGGAACAAAAAAAAAAUCAAAAGAAAAUGCAAAUCUUCGUGAAAACCCUAACCGGAAAAACAAUCACUCUCGAAGUGGAGAGCUCCGACACCAUCGACAAUGUCAAGGCGAAGAUCCAGGACAAGGAAGGUAUCCCGCCGGAUCAGCAGCGCCUCAUCUUCGCCGGAAAACAGCUGGAGGACGGCCGGACCUUAGCCGACUACAACAUUCAGAAGGAAUCCACACUCCACCUCGUCCUCCGCCUCCGCGGCGGCGGAACCAGCUGGCGGAUACCUUUCGUCGCCAAUCACUUGGUGAAGAAAAUUAAGAAUCUGAAUGAGAUUUCGAAGAAAGAACUGAUUAAGACAUGGUCCAGGGGUUCGACUAUCGUGCCGGAUAUGGUAGGGCAUCGAAUCGCUGUUCACGACGGGAAGAAGCACGUGCCGUUUCGUAUUUUGGAGACUAUGGUGGGCCAUAAGUUGGGAGAAUUGAAACCGAGACGCACGCAUAAGAAGGAGGUUCAUGCUAAGGGCAAGACUAAGGUUGCAAAGAAGAAGUGAGCUUCUGCUGAAUUGGAUUCUAUUGCUUAGGAAAAAUAUUUUAAUUUUGGGUGAAUAAAUUUGAUAUUUUGCUGCCUGAAUUCUGUGAUGUUUCUGCUUUUUGUUCGUUUUAGACGCAUCUCGUUUUACUUGAUGAAUAGAACAUUUUAUCUGUUUGAUCUUUGCAUCUCUUUCCA